AUGGGCUCACCACUGGCGCCCGUUGUGGCUAACAUUUUUAUGGAGUGGUUCGAGGAAAAAGCACUAGAGUCUGCAAACGUGAAACCGCGAUACUGGUGGCGAUAUGUAGACGAUAUUUUUGCUGUCGUCGCCCGGGACUCAUUGAAGGACCUGACGUCACACCUAAAUCGGGUGCACGCGAAGAUAGAGGUCACCAUAGAGGAGGAAAAAGAAGGAAAGUUACCGUUCCUGGACGUACUGGUCAUUCGAGAGCCGAACGGACGGGUGACUCAUACCGUAUACCGGAAGCCAACGCACACAGACCGGUACCUACGGGCCGACUCUCAUCACCACCCCUCACACCUAUCUUCGGUGCCUCGUACGCUGCUGAACCGAGCACUCGCUCUAUGCGACCAUGAUUACGUCAAUGCGGAACUGAGGCAUGUACGUGACGUAUUAGAGCGCAACGGAUAUCAGUGGCGCAAGUGUAGACGUCUCCUGGGAUCUGCGGGUGAAGCUCGUACCUACACUGCGAGCCAAGUCAUCUCCCUUCCGAGAGUAUACCUUGGAGUGCAGGAGACAUUGACCCUCUACUGCAGUGCAUUGUGA